ACCUGAAUUUCCGCACUGUGGGAAAAGAGGAUAUUUUUAUUCUUGGAAAGAGAGAACUGCCAAAUAUGAGUCAUCGUUCUCGAGCCUCCAGGACCCGGCAGCAUCUCCACUGUGACUCCUGCUACAGUCGGCGCUGCAGAGCUCGAGUGGAGGUUGGUGUGAGCUGUGCUCUCGCUCCCUGCCGUCUCCUCUGUGGAGCAGUAUACCACCUGUGCAAAGAAGAGGAUCACCUGCUGCUUUGCCCCAAUGUCAGGGUGCCCUGCCUCAACGCAGAGUACGGCUGUACGGUCCAGCUUCCCCGCUCCUCACGGGCGGCUCACCUCCAGGUGUGUCCGGCCAGUGUGGUGAGCUGCUCCAUGGAGUGGCUGCGCUGGCCAAUAGAUGAGACUAACCCACAUGGCUUUAGUGCCUUGCAGCACAAUAUAAUGAAGGGAGAUGACACCCAGGGAAAUGCUCUGGAUGUUGCCAUGGCUUUAGUUGAUCAGUCAGACCUAUACACACGCCUUCAAAUGAAGCCACUUUACCCAGAGCUCACAGAGCCGGAGCAAGAGGAAAUAAAGGAAGAGAUUAAAGAGGAUGCAGCAGUUGGAGGGUUUAGUUUUCUAGACCAAAAGGACAGUGAAGACAUUCCUGGAAGCAGCAUGUGUGAAAGUAAUUCUGUGGAUGAAACUGCUCAGAGCAAUGUCACACAAACCCCAACUAUCAACACAGAGAAAUACAACCUGUUUGAGAUGAUGUUCAGCAUGGAGAAACGGGCCUGCGCUGUCGCUCAGGAAAAUUUAGAAAAUCCAAAACAAGACCAAAACCCUGCAGAUGAGGGAAGAGGGCAAAGAGGUGCAGAUCAGGAGAGGCAGAAAAAAGCAGAGGCGGAUAGCUCUGCUGCAGCCAGAAGCUUGCCUCCACCGGACACCAGUAAGACCGGCCUAGCUCCCUGGCAGGAGGGAGUUCUGGAGCGCCUGGGCCAGGAACUCACUCCACAGGAGUACAACAUGUACAUGGUGCAUCAGGGACGCAUGCUAAUUACAUUUCAACAGAUAGAGGCGUGCACGCCGAGGGAGAAAGACUUCGUUUAUGGCAGCUUGGAGCCAAUUCCUGUGCAGACUCUACGAUCUUUCAAGGCCCCUGUAAGUUAUCGAUACAAGCGGAGGGUUCAUUAUUACGAGACCACUGGACGGGCAAAGACUGAACAUCAAAGUGUGGACACAUCAGACCUUGGAGCCAAUGAAGAAGACUGGUUUUCCGAUGAAGCUGCAGCAACCCUCCUUGGCUAUGCUGAAUUAGCAAUUAUGGGUCACAAGAUCAGUGAGACAAAUGGAGGAGACGGGUUCUAUGUAGAUAUUGGAACACAGACACAUACUUUCCGCAAAGCUCCCUUCAAACAGAAGACGACCCUGGCAGAGGUGAUGGUGGACCGGCGGCUAAAGCUUCUCCUGCAGCUUCAGGCGGAGAGCGUAAACAGCAGAAACAACAGAGCGAGCUGUGCGUUCACCUUCCUCUGCGGCCACACCUUCCACCGUAGAGAGUUUGCCACACACUUCAGGAACGCACACAGUGAUAUCCAGAUGUGUCUGAGUGAAUGGUUUGAGCAGCGGUGCCCCCUGGCGUAUCUGGGAUGCACCUACAGAAAGAGGAGGUUUCAUCCGUCCACUCAGAAGGCCACUGUCACCUACAACCAGCAGCUGCGGUGUUUUAGCUUACGUCCAGAUGUGAAUAGCUCCUCCAACGGCAAGGCAGACCCCUCCCCUGCUGCAAGAAGAAGUAAAAGUCAAGAAGGAGAAAGGGAGGACUGGCUGAGCCUGUUGCCCUAUGAAGUGCUAUGCCAUGUGGCCAGCUUCCUGGACAGCCUAUCCCUGUCCCAGCUGGCCCUGGUGUCCCAUCUCAUGAGGCAGGUGUGCUCCUCUCUGCUGCAGGACAGAGGGAUGGUGACCCUCCGCUGGGAGAGAACAAACCUCUCACACGGACAAGACAAGUGGAUUUCCAAACCUGUGUGGGAGUUCAGCCAUUUGUUCUCUGCAGUGGAUAAAUGGGAAAUGGCAGAUUUAUCUUCUCUUUCUGCUCACCUGAAAGUCUGUCCUUAUUACCAGAAAACUGAACAGAGGGAACGAGUCCCCCUUCCGUUCAUUACUGAGAUACAGCAAAGGAGUCCAAAGGAUCAGAGUCUCCUCAAUCAUUUUACAGGAAGAAGAUGAUUAAAGAAAAUAAGAGAAAAAUAUUUUUCUGCUUGGGUUUUACUGAAUUGACUAUAUCUAGUUAUAGAGAUAAAUUAAAGAUUUAGUAUCAGUGCCUAAAAAUCUCAAAACACAGUUAAUAUCUAAAAAACCCAAAGAACCAUUUACCAUAAAAACAUAUAAAACCUCAAAGUCCCGCACACAGAGUAGCCACCAUUACACUGCACACAAGUUAUGAAUAUGAACUUUAGGCUCUAUAACAUUUAAGUUUAAUUUACUCAUUUAAACUUCAGAUUGUGUGAAAUUGGCAUAUACCCAUCAGAAAUCUGUGGCAAAAAUGACUUUGCCAAAGAAAUUGUUUUACUUCCUAUAGGGGCUUUAUUAGAACCAAAGAGAUGAACAAGUCUGUCAAUAACCCAUCUGUUUGUCCCCAAGGUGUCAUCGCGUUGAAAUAAAACAGACUAAGAAGUG